AGAAUGUCAGGAGGUUCGUACGAUAGAGCGAUAACCAUAUUUUCACCUGACGGGCAUCUUUUUCAAGUGGAAUAUGCACAAGAAGCCGUGAAGAAAGGUUCUACCGCUGUUGGAGUUCGGGGUAAAAACAUUGUCGUUCUCGGAGUAGAGAGAAAGGCGGUCGCCAAACUUCAAGAACCGCGAACCGUCCGAAAAAUUUGUUCACUGGAUGACCACGUUGUGAUGGCUUUUGCAGGUUUGACGGCGGACGCCAGAAUUUUAGUGAACAGAGCGAGAGUGGAGUGUCAAAGCCACAAGCUAACCGUAGAAGAUCCUGUAACUCUAGAGUACAUUACAAGAUAUAUUGCAACACUAAAACAGCGUUAUACCCAGAGCAAUGGUCGGCGGCCUUUUGGUAUUUCUACCCUUAUUGUUGGAUUUGAUGAUGAUGGUACACCACGUCUCUAUCAGACUGAUCCAUCUGGAACGUAUCAUGCUUGGAAGGCAAAUGCCAUUGGCCGCAGUGCAAAAACUGUUCGUGAAUUUUUAGAGAAGCACUACACAGAUGAAGUAGCAGAUUCUGAUGACGAGACAAUUAAACUAGCCAUUAAAGCUUUACUUGAGGUGGUGCAAUCAGGAGGGAAGAAUAUUGAACUUGCUGUAAUGAGGAAAGGAGAAACUCUGAAGAUAUUACAACCAGAUGAGGUAGAUAAAUUUGUCGAAGUUAUUGAGAAAGAAAAAGAAGCAGAGGCUGAAAAGAAGAAGAAAGAAAAGGCCACAGGAUCUGCCAAAUAAAACUCUACAAAAAAUUUCUCUCGAUAGUCUUGAACUCUACCAAACUGACCUUGUUUUUGUCAUUUUUGUUGAUAAAUCCUUGUAACCAGUGAUGAAGAUACCAUUGUGUGAUAAAUUACAUGUACCCGUGAUAAAAACCAUAGUACAUGUCAGUCAAUCUAGGCGUCAAUGCUCAAAGCUUCUCAUUCUCUGUGAAGUGAUGCUUUAGCUUGAUGUGAUGAAGGUUUGCAUUUUUGUUAAAAUCUACAAGCACGUGCUUCGACUGGGAGCGUGUUGCUGAAGCUUAGCUCGAAUUCCUUUUAAUGAUAUGAAACACUUUCAACACGAAGUGUCAGAAAUUAUUGUCAAUAUAUCUUAGAACUAGC